CCUUGACGUCGGCAGGCCUGCGCGCAGCCGUAACCGGUGGAAAGAAGAUGGUGCUCAUCAAGGAAUAUCGUGUGGUUUUACCAUGCUCAGUGGAAGAGUAUCAAGUCGGGCAGCUUUUCUCGGUGGCUGAAGCCAGUAAAAAUGAGACGGGUGGCGGAGAGGGCAUUGAAGUUCUAAAGAAUGAACCGUAUGAGAAGGAAGGAGAAAAGGGACAAUACACACACAAAAUCUACCACUUAAAAAGUAAAGUGCCAGGUUUUGUGAAGAUGAUCGCACCCGAAGGAGCUUUAGUUUUCCACGAAAAGGCCUGGAACGCUUAUCCAUACUGCCGCACAAUUGUGACUAAUGAAUACAUGAAAGAUGACUUCAUGAUUAAAAUUGAAACAUGGCACAAACCUGACACGGGCGCUUUAGAGAAUGUACACGAUUUGGAUCCCAUCACGUGGAAGACAGUGGAGGUUGUGCAUAUCGAUAUAGCCGAUCGGUCUCAGGUGGAACCUGGGGAUUAUAAGCCAGAAGAGGACCCGGAAAUCUUUCACUCAGAGAAAACAGGUCGGGGACCUUUAGGACCGGACUGGAAGAAAGAGCUGUUGGCUAAGCCGGACAGUCCUCGUAUGUGUGCAUACAAACUAGUCACUGUCAAGUUCAAGUGGUGGGGCCUUCAAACCAAAAUAGAAAACUUCAUACACAAGCAAGAGAAGAGAAUCUUCACCAACUUCCACCGUCAGCUGUUCUGUUGGAUCGACAACUGGGUUGAGCUCACCAUGGAGGACAUUCGCAGGAUGGAGGAAGAGACGCAGAGAGAGCUGGAGGAGAUGCGUCAAAAAGGAAACGUACGAGGCACAACAGCAGCCGAAGAGUAGCCGAAUCCUUUUUAGUAACCAGAGGCAGGUGAUGAGAUUGUCUUCGUAAAACUGGUCAGGUUCGAGGCACCAGUGCUGCUCACGAACAAUGAGGCAAACCUUCAAGAAAUCUUCUACGAUGACGAAAGACAUCAAGACCGCAUCCAACCAAACCAGCCAGCGGCAACGCCGUCCUCCACCAGACUUCAGAAUGACACAACGAUCAGUAGUACUGUAAAACAGGUGGACACACUUUUUCACUGGACAAGACUUGACCUGUUUUCUAGAAUCAGGCCGAUUGUUCCAGUGACUGUUAACACUUUAAGACUUCUAGAAAUGUCAGAUUAUUGCUGUUUGGUUGUGUUAUUCCAUCUCAGAAAAAGAAAAAAACUUAAUUUUGGCAGGCAUCGGACCAAUUGUUUGUUUCUGUUUGGUUCUAUCUGUUUGUAACGGUUCACGUCUUUUCUUUUCUAGUCUGUUUUUAAUUCCCCCCCCCCAGAUGAAGCACUUCUUUUCGGUUUCUUUGAAAUUUCGAAUCACGGUUAAGAGGGUUUUUAUUUCUGUAGUUUGUGGUAUCAGUGUAGUCCUGCCUAUCAUGUCUUGUUUUAGGAAAAUGUGCAACGCUACUGCACAGCAUGCACAUGUGUGCACACGAACACGCAUCCACCUCGCAGAAUACUUUUCAAAGCAAGUGGCUUUUGCAUGAGCUCAGGCAUGUUCUUUUUAGUGGCUGUUUUUUGGAGGGUCUCCGAGACCCUUCAAGUGAAGCAACCCCUCAGGACUCAUCCAAAAUCCAGACUAAUUACUAGAGCAAAUCUAUGCUGCUGCUGCUUUUUUACUUUUACAGUUGCUUUUAGGCCAGGCCAAGUGCUUUUAUAUCGCUAAUCUACCUGUAAUUCUCUCAGGGUUCCCACAGUCACGGCAAAAGCCUGGAGAUAUCAGGGAAAAGUUGUGAUUUCCAGGCCUGGUUCAUUACACAAUGCGUUUAAUUUAGCCCCUCGUUGUUUUUAAAGCAAGAAUCACUGUUGCAAGAACAGUUUCAGUGCAAAUUAAGUUAAGUUGAGCUUAGGUUUUUGUCAUUUUUUUUUGAGGUGUAACUACUUUUCCAGUUGGAUGAAUCUCUGGUGACUGACAUAACCUCAUGUGAACGACGCUUUACUGAUCCCUUUCUGGUUUCCUUGUGCACACUAUGCAAAUGAUAUUGGCGUUGUCAUGGCGACAAAUUUAUUCGGUGUCACUAAACAGGCACAGUCGGUAAGAUUCUGUCGCACAAGUCUCAUGUUUGUGGCUGUAGUUUUUUAUUAUCUGCUCCUGAAUCGUUGAGUCGCACUGCAUAUUUGAAAUAUUAUUCAAAUAGAUUACUGUAACUCUUAUUUAUUUUUUUGCUCUCUUUUUUUUUUUGGUAAAGCUAACUGGGGCAUGCUGAAAAUUCUUUGCCACAUGAUGGCAGUAGAAAUCAUACUGAAUUUCAUCCAGAAACUUUUAAUUCAAUCAAAAAAUAAGUUCUUUUAACAUAAUAGUUGAAUGUUAAUCAAAUACAGCUCUUCAUUCAGAUCACAUGAGGACACUUUUUGGUUCGUUUGGAUUUUUAAUGAGUAAAUGAAUGUUGAAAUGACCAUCAGCUAUGCGUAAUGCAUUAUUUUAAUUCUUAGUUCACUAUGUAAUAUACUAGUAAAGCAGAAACGUAAUCUUACUGUAAAGUGUUACCCAUUGAUUUAUAUAAAAAAUAUAUAUAUUUGUAUAACGAAUAUCACUCUAAUUUCUUUUGGUCUAAUUUGAUCAAGUGUGGGAACCCUGACCUCUGCACCUGAAUGUGUGCAUAGACGCCUCAAGUGAUGCUUAGGACAUUUUAAAGAGCUUGAUUUUUAUACUGUUUAUAUAUCGUACCAGGUCGGAGUUGCAGGACGAGACAAUUCCGUCCUGCUCUCUGGCAGUCCUGCACCAGCUCAGAUACAAUUCAGCCUUGCAAAAAGAGUCGCCUGACCUCCCUAUGCAGGGCUGUUUUAUAUAUAUUCUUGUUCACAGUAACAGGUUUUUAAAGUGUCUCAUGUCUACGCUUCUCAGAUUCUGUCCGGCACUCCUGGUUCCGUUAGGAAACUAGCUGAGAGCAACGGACAGAUUUGAUUUUUAUCAUACUUUGUGGCCAGUGCGUUAGUAUCGUUUAAAUACACUGUGAAUAAUAUCUGCAAGUUAGCAGUUUUACUCAUUUAUUUGUGCUUUUGGAUUGCAUUAUGGGACCUUGAUCUUUCUUCUAACAACUUUUAAUCAUAACGUUCGAAUUUCGUAAUGUUCGAAUUAACAUUUUUAAUAGUUUGAAGUAAGAAUCCACCGAUGUGGAUUUUUGGGCCGAUAUCAAUAACCAAUAACUCUUUAGAUUUGGAGGCCGAUAACCAAUAUAUGAAGAGUUUAGAUGCAAAAAAACCUCUAAAUGCCAUCUAAAUUUUCCUCUAAAAUGAGCAUUUUUAUCAGACUCCUCUGUGUUUGUUCAGUAAUAUCACUUUUAUGGCAAAGAAUGAGUCCUUUUCCUGGUCUUUAAGGUGACAUAUCUCAACCUAAACAAAGGUGGCUGAAUAAAAUUUCAUUUUCAACGGAAAUUCCAGACAGCACUUACACAGUCUUCAUGCAUAGCCUGAUAAAUGUAAAUAGUUCAAAAUGUUAUAUUUUUAUACAGUGAACAACUGAUUUUAUUUUACAAACUUCAUAAAAUUUUGAACUGAUCUUAUAAACUGAAUAGCAAAAAGCGAUCAUUUCAAAAUUUCAAGGUGAUUAUAUAGACCAAUAUUCACGAUUUCACAUGCCAAAAAUAAAUGAUUUCCUUUUCUUCGCAUAGCAAAUUAACAAGCAACUUGACUGCCGCAUAAAAAAUGGGUUAAAUAACAAAAUGGGAUUUAAUUAACAAAGUUGAAUAUAUUUUAAAUAAAAUGAAAGAACUAAGAACUGAAACCAGCUCAAAUGUUCUCGAAUAAAACGUAUUACAGUAAUGUACAUACGUACUAGGCAUGGGCCGGUAUAAGAUUCUGACGGUAUGAUAACCUUGGAUAAAAAUAUCACAGUUUCACGGUAUUGUGAUUACUGCUCUAAAAUAAGUUCCGUUUUAAAUGUCUGCGUGAAAAACAACAACUUGUUUCCCCUUUGAACACAAUAUAUUUUAUUUUGAGAAACAUUUUAGAUAGCUUGGAACGGUGAACGAUGUCAGGCUAAAUAAUUAAAAUCAUUCAUUGACUUCUGCUGUCUUCAAACACAUGGAUUUCUUUAUAGUUUAUAACGGCUUCUUUGGAUGUUUUUCUGCUGGAGAUACUGUUGUACUAAAAAAUAAAUAAAGUAAAUAAAAGAUCUUACCUACCUUAGGAGAGUGGCAUAGCAGAAAAUUCUGACGGUUUUAAAACCUUGACUUUUACAAAUCGCGGUAUACCUUGAAAACGGUUAUCCUCCCAUGCCUAAUACAUACAAGUAUGUGAUGUCCGAAAAACGUUUUGAGAGGUGUUUUUGACAGUUCACCCCCGCACAAGCAAAAAGCUAAAUACUUAUAUUACUUUAGAAAAUGUGGCAUUAAUUCAUCCAUUUGGCAUUUUAGAUUCUGUUGAACGCGUCAAUCAGACAACGCUUCUAUGUUCGUUCUUGCUGUCAAUCGCGGAAUAAUAAUCGAUGAAAGGUUUAUGAUAAACUGCUGUGAGUUUGAAACUUGCAGGCGCUGUGACACAUUUGUUUACGCAUUUAAUAUUUCAACUGAGGCGAUGUAAAGCAAGAUACUCAAUGACUACGUUUACAUGGACACCAAUAAUUCGAUUUUAAUGCGAUUAAGACGAUACUCUGAUUAAGAGUCUACCAUGUGAACAGCGUUGUUUGAUUAAUUUAAUUUAAUCAGAUUAAGCUCAUAAUCAAACUAAAGAGAAAUCGAGUUUAGACAUUUGGAGUAUGCCGAUUUCCGCAUUAUUGAAGUGCAGUACAGGCAACACCUUAAUCGAAUUAUUACCGUCAUGUAGGACUCUUUGCCGCGUUUUGCGACAGGAUAGUCCACAGCCACACACACACAUGGCUGUUUGACCUACCCAGUCAGUGCAGACCACAGACACCUGCAUCGUGAAAUGCGGAGUUUUUUUUUCUUCCAUUCAGCAUGCGGUAUGAACUUCUAUUAAAACAACUCUUCCAGCAGUUCAUAGUUGCAUUCAAUACCUCGUUUGUCACGGGGGGCAUGCAUGAAAUGAUUGUGAAUGAAAGCGAAAGUGCUAAACUGCAGUUAAAGUCGACGAAUUAAAAAAUUAAACACCCGAAAUUGCAUAAAACUCUGGAGGAAAUGCGGAUGACGCAAUGACGUUAAUCUAAUUAUGUGCUAUAACAUUUAAAACAGGAUCACGAAAGUAACACUCAGAAAGCAGCUCAUGUAAACACCUUAGUCUUAUUAUUCUCUUGAUUAGAUUCAAGCAAAUAAUUUGAUUACUGAUGUCCAUGUAAACGAAGUCAAUGACGCUGUAUCAAACAUAUCUACAAUGAUAAGGAGUAUGGGUACUUACUGAGUUUUUAACAUACAGAUAGAGAGGUCGGACUUUGAAGGAAUAAACAAUGUGAGGAAAGCUCCAUUAUAGUGCAGUGGACAAGUCUAAACAUGUUCCACCCACGCAUACGCGAGGCAGGCAGUUCUGUACAAUUAUGUUAUCGGCUUGAAGAUAUCAGCCUAAUUUUGAUAUCUGAUGGAUAACGAUAACAUUAAAAAUUGCAUUUAUCGGCCGAUAACAAUAUGGCUGCCGAUAUAUCGUGCAUCUCUUGUUUAACGUGAUGUAUCGUCUGGAUUGGGGUUGUAUGUUAAGGUACAAAAACUUGCCAGUACAUUUACAGAUUUAUUUCUCUAUACAUUAUAUUAUUCAUUCAAUUUCCUUCGGCUUAGUCCCUUUAUUCAUCAGGGGUCGCCACCGCGGAAUGAACCGACAACUUGUCCAGCAUCUGUUUUUACACACUCUUUCAGCAGGAAACAUUCAUACACACUCAUCAUUCACACAUACACUACUGCCAAUUAGAUUAUUCAAUUCACCUAUAGCGCAUGUCUUUAGAGUGUGGGCGAAACCGAAACAUCUAGGAAAUCCAUGCUAACACAGGGAGAACAUGCAAACUCCACACAGAAACGCCAACUGACUCGAACCAGCGAGGUAUUUUAUAACUGUGCGUUCAGAUCAAAAGCGUCAAAGUAGCCGGUAGUCGUUCUUGCUGUGUGGCUAACCACUGAGCCACCAUGUCGCCUAUUACAGUGUUUCUCAACCACGUUUCUGGAGGACCACCAACACUGCAUGUUUUGGAUGUCUCCAUAGCUGUCACACCCAUUACAGGUCUUUCAGUCUCUGCUAAUGAGCUGAUGAUCUGAAUCAGGUGUGUUUGGUUAAGGAAACACGGAAAAUGUGCAGAACCGGUGGUCAUCCAGGAAUAUGGUUGAGAAACACUGACUUAUACUAUUUCAAAGUACUGAAAUGUUAAUAAAAGUCGCCUUGUUAAACGUUAGAGUUGAAUUUUCGACAUCCAAAGUCGACAGAGCAGAGAUCAAGCUCCCAUAAUGCAAUUCACAGCCGUAAAUAAACGGAAAACACACAAAAUACGAACACUGUUAAUUAACAGAUAUUGUUUUUACAGUGGAGUCGGGCUUUCAUGGACAGCUGAUGGCCGGAGUUUGCAAUUGCUUGCAAACUAGUGCCUGAUGCCUGCGUCGAAAUUUUUAGAAUCAUGAUCGUCGAGGUCGUCGAUUUGCGAUAGCUUUUUGGAUCGAUUUGCUUCUCGCGUCCCUCCCAUUUCAAGGUCCACGAAUGUUCACACAGUCUUGCAGCUCGUCAUACGACGGGCUUCUUCAUGUAAUUAAAACGAUGUUACCUGUUUGUUUUCUUCAUAAAUCUUGGUGUUCUGAUUGGGAGGAUGUCAGAUUCCCCUUCUCUCUUUUUCCCCCCUUUAUGUUUUCUAGAUUAUAAUUAAGCAAUCAGUGCACUGACGUCUGUUCACCAGACUUGUCUACAGAAGACUGUCUCGAGUCUCACGGAUUGUGUUUACUUUUGUACUCGUACAUAGCUUUUAGGCUAGCAGGGACCGGGUGGGAGCGAUGGGAAGAGGUUUGGAUAUUAUUAAGGAAUCCUAUAUUGUAAUCUUAAGUAUAUCUGCGCACUUGGGAUAAUCUACUGUUUUAGGGGGAGGGAAUUCCACAAUGCUGUUUACUGUCUUUUUCUGAUUGUUUGUUUGAAAAUCAGGGGAAAUAUCAGUGAAUGUACAAUUGGUGUGCUUUAUUGUUUUGCUUUCUUUUCUUUUCCUGCAGCUUUUGAAUUGGUUAUAAAUGUAACGAUUAACAGUAUAUCUAAUAAAUUUUUGACACCGCUCA